AUGAAUCGUUCAACAACGCACGUUUUGAAAGAAUUAUUCGCUGGUGUACUCACUGGGGGUACCUUAGGUCUAUUGUGGAGUAAUGGAAAAUAUCUAUGGUCUUAUGUAACGUUGACUGGUGUAGCUUUAAUCGAUAUUGCUCACCAUUACGGUUACUUAACAGCUCACAUUACUCAUCUGUCAGUGGAAAAUUAUCAGCAACAAAUUGUCAAUAGUCUCGGACAUUUACAUCGUCAAGUAAAACGUUCAAUGUUCAAUGCUAUCGAUGAUGGAAGAGAUCCAAAUAUGCCGUUUACAUUUCUGUGGAGUGAUGUUCGUCGCCAAAUCGAUUUACAUUUAUUCUUUGGUAUGGGUUUAACGUUGUCAUAUCUAACAACAAUCGCUAUAGCGUCUACAUCAAGAAGAAAACUAUGA